AUGCUUCCCGCUGCCGCCGCCGCCGCCGCCGUAACGGGUUACUCAUACACCGAGCCGACACUGGCUGCGUCAGCCAUGGCAUCGUACGCAGGCUACCCUGCCCUAAUGAACUACCCCGUCGCUGAAAACUCUGGCUCGACGCAGUCGCUCUCCAGUCUCCGACUUUCGGCGCUGCUCGCAUCUCGUCGACGUCGAGCUGGACACGUCGUGGACCUGCAGCCCGAAGAGCCAUCGAGAAAGAAAGUCAAACCCGUUCCAGAUGAAAAGAAAGACAUCGCGUACUGGGAGAGAAGGAGGAAGAACAACGAUGCAGCGAAGAGAUCAAGAGAUGCGAGGAGAAUGAAGGAGGAAGAGAUCGCAAUCAGAGCAGUUUAUCUUGAACAGGACAACAUGAAACUUCGAGCAGAGGUCUCUAUCCUCAAGAGUGAACUUGCCAGGUUGCAUUACAUGGUAUACAACUGCUGAUGAUUUGUACAGAGGACAAAAUAGAGACUAGAGAAAGAGCCGGUUGUUUGAAACAACCCUGCUCAUGAGUUGAAGCAUGUACAGAAAUAUUCAACUAAAUGAGCAAACAACUAAUGAUAUUAGAAAAAAAUGCUGCCUGUUGUCGAAAAGUUGACAUUGUUAACUGAUUGCUGAGUAUUACAACUAACUGUCUCGGAGAGACUUUAUUUAAGUACUUGUCGGUCAUUCUUUGCGCUGAAAUAACGGAUCUGGGUGUCCUGUCGACUUGCCAUCUUCAUUAUUUAAUCUUCAUUCCUCGGAAGCACCAAAAUGACCAACGGAAGAUAAUCUGAAACAAGAACCAUGCCUCAAUUUAACUCAAAUUAUGUUAUUUCAUUCAAACGAUUAGCUUUUAAUUAUUAUUUUACGAUUUUCGUCAGUCUGGGAUGAACUCCUGUUGAGACAAAUCAAAGUCAAUAUACAUUUCAAAUGUAUACAUUAAUUUUGUGAGGUUAUUCUUUCUUGUGAGCUUUUUAAAAAAAUGCACAUCGUUCACAAUCUCUAUCUAUUGUAUGCCAUGUAAGCUUGAACGGAAUUGUAUGAUCGUACGGGGUAAGUUUGAAAUAAGUUAUCAAGCCUUUCUUCUAUUUCUACUUCUACAGGGUCAGUACUGCCAGUGCUUAUAUUUUUUUCACAUGCACUUUCAUUUCUAAACCUAAAUGCACAUCUCGAGCUCUAUUUCACCCAUAUCUUAUAUAUGUUUACGCAAAAGAUGUUCUUACCUCAUAAAUACUAAAAUCCUUAAUUGUAUGUGGGAAUACGUACUCAGGGAACCAAAUUACUAUCAAUGUCAAAUAGACUGGAAUCUAUUCACAUAUUUCACGAACGCUACCACAAGUGAACAAUAAAUGACAUGAAUUUGAAUUGUAUUUAGUCAACGCUGUGAGCAAUGCCUUUUUAAAUAAAUCUUUGACACGGCGACUCUUUGGUUUAGGAAUCUUCACCGAAGUCUACGCGUUCUCACUAUGUGAAAGCAGUAGAAAAUUUAAAAGUCUUAAUGAUUAAGGUCGAACAUAUGCUAUUUCAUUUUUAAUUUGUUUGUAACAUCUCCAGAAAACCAGGUUUUAUUCCAAUGUGCCGCCCGUAAGUGUUGUAAGAAAGUCUAAAAAUGAAGAUUUCAAAUUUUAGUGAAAAUUCCUACCAUUAUACAAAAUAAGCCAUACAUUAUGAGUGGAAGUUGAUUGAAUACUUGUCAUUUGGUUAGCAAUUCCUACCUUUAACUCAACUUUGUGACGAAAUAAAAAACAAUAUAGGACGUCACAUUCACGUGAAGCCAUGCAGUAAAGAUAUUUCAAUUGGUUACCUUCCGAAGAUUCUAGUACAGGUUUUGUGUAGAAAUAUGAUUUUUUUUUUCCCUUCCCCAUGGACUGAAUCGUUCGUCGCAAGUAUAUGACUUGCUUUUCAUGAAUUUCCCUAAAUGUUAUGUUAAUCAUUCUUUUGGUUAAAUUGAAGUAUACGGGGUUGCGUGAAUAUUUCACUUAUUCCAAUUUCUAUGUCAAUGAUAAUAUAAUUUUCGAAUAAUUUACACUGUUCAUUGUCUAAAAGCUGGUCUCGCACAAAAAGUUGUAAAGAAAGGGGAAGGAGGAGGUGUGUGUGUGAGAGAGAGAGAGAGAGAGAGAGAGAGGGGGGGGGGGGUUAAUGGGAGGCAUCCAUGCAUGAUCUCUUUGACUGUAAGGUGGUUUAAAAACAAAUUUUUGACCUAAUUCAAUUUUUUUUAUUUGUUAGCGAAAUAUUUCGGUGUAAAAAUUACUCGUCACUCGGUAGCGAAUAUGAUGAAUUCUUGAUUCUUGCAUAUUUAACACCCACAUUUGUAUUGAAAUGUUAAUGCUCUGACAAGUAUUUUAAUCAUGAUGACAAUGAUACGCGUGAUCGUAAUGAUGAAAUUGCUGGCUGAUGAAAAGUUUUAGCCAAAAGUUCAGGCACAAUUUACAAAUCGUCGCAUUGAUUGUGAUUUUCCAUCUCAGUGGUAUGAUUAUACAGGGUUUUAAAGAAGUACUGUAAACAUGGUAAAGUCCCUUUUGUGUUAUCUAUAAUACAUCUCCAAUUUGCAAUAUGUAAUAUUUCUUCUAACUUAAAGUGUAAACCAUGCUAUGUAUUGUAAUAUUUAUGAUAACAUGUUUUGCACGAGAUAGUAAGACUAAUUAUCGUGUGUGUGUAUGUACGUCGUUGUACGAUGGCAAUAUAAGAUUCGUGUUCGCGUAUUAAAAUAAUACUGACGAAAUA